ACCUCGCUUCUCACCCCUCCUGAUAUGUGCUUCCCACAAGACCAAAAACUUCCACCUGUGCAGAGAAAACAAAAUUACGACAACAUCACAUUUGCCAAUGCAACCGUCUCCCCUUCACUUGAAACCGUCCAGAAGCCGUUUUUGAAAGAAUCAUAUCCAAACGAAACAGUCCCUUACACAUUUGGUGAAUCUUUUUGGAAAGCUGCACGACGUGAGGAGUUUACGAAGCUACGAAGAUUCCAUUUUGGCAGGGAAGUACCUAUCGCGGGAAUCUGCAUGUGCGUAAUGUUCGAUUGUGCACUCAUCGCUCUCACCUGCGCCAUUCUGAAUUACGAAGAGAGUGACGAUCAAGAAGUAGAUGUCUUCGAGAGCUUUGAGGAUCUUCACGGGCGGUUGGUACGAGAGGCACAGACACAAACGGUAACCGAAAAUCCGAAGAUCCAGAUGGAAAAGAGCGUGCAGACCAUCUCGCCGGAGGAGCGACGGGCGGCCAAAGUCAAAUUUCAUCCACGUCAAAGUGAUUGCUGA